GAAGAAGGGGAGGAGCGAGGAUGGGGUUGGACGAGCAGCAAAGAGUUCAAAUAAAGCAGAGAAAAGCAAAGACUGCCAUGGGUUUCUAUUGUCCAUGGGGAAGUGGAAAGAAUGAAUGGUUUAAUCAAGGUGGCGCUGCAUCAUCAGAGCCGGCGGAGGGAUGUACAGUACAGAAUCCUCACCCAAGGAGCCCAAACAAGAUUAUGAAGAUUUGAUAUAUCUGCAGGGAGGCGAAACACGGUGGCUACAUAUCAAAAGCCAGGAUUAGUUGCCUUUUCAUUUCAUGUCCUCUGGCCUGGCCUCGAUCAUGAGGCUAGAGCACGGGCGGCGGGCGUCUCUGGCGAUCACCCUCAACUUUGUGGCGUUUGCUUUUGCCUUAUCAGCGGUGACCACCAGCUACUGGUGUGAGGGGACCAGGAAGGUGCCCAAACCCUUCUGCACAGGACCGCCGCUGAAGGUGAAGCAGUGGUUCUGCAUCCGCUUCAACAGCUCCAACAUCAACGACAGCCGGUUGGUCCAGUACAUCUUUGAGAGUGGAGAGGAGAAGUUUCUUUUGAGGAAGUUCCACACGGGAAUAUUUUUCUCCUGUGAGCAGGCUGCCGAUAUGAACGGGUUUGACUGUCGAGACUUCUCAGAGAUUGCACCAGAACACGAAAGAGGGGUCCUGUGGUUGUGUAUCGUGGCUGAGAGUCUGUACCUCACCCUGCUCUUUACAGGCGGGGCUCUGAUGAUCCUGGAGCAGUGCCCUUGCUUCAGUAUCAUGAACAAAUUGAAGCUCAGUGCCUUCGCUGCCUUGUGCACUGCCCUGUCAGGCCUUUGUGGGAUGGUGGCCCACAUGAUGUUCACCACCAUAUUUCAGCUGGCUGUUGCUAUAGGACCAGAAGACUGGAGGCCCAAGACCUGGGACUACAGCUGGUCUUAUGUCUUAGCGUGGGGCUCUUUUGGCACCUGCAUGGGCUCUGCAGUGACGGCGCUCAACAGGUACACAAAGACCAUCAUAGAGUUUAAAUACAAGCGGCGGAACAUCGAGAAGAGCCUGAUGAUCAAGCAGAAGAUGAUGGAGCUGGACCUCCCUGAGCAGAUGUGGGACAUGUACCUGACCACUGUGCCCGCUGACGCCGAGGUACAGCUAGAACUGCCGGUCAACGGCCACAAACCAUCGGCAGGAACGACAUAUGUGGUCGAAAUGGACAAUGAACCAGAACCACAAGGAGAGGCAUAUUGUUAAAAAUAGAGUCACUAUCCCCGCCCCUGUGCCACACUGGAACCGUUUUCAGGGCUGAUUUCCUGGACCUAGAUUGACUCUUGUUCCUGGAUUUCAAUUUCUAAAACAGGGUAUAUAAAUGUUUGUUUUGUUGCCACACAUCAAAUGUGUUUUUAGGAGGCCAGAGCCCAGAUCCUUUUUCUGCAAAUAAUGUAACAUGUUCGGCUUUGACACAACAUGCAUUUCAUCAAAUCUUUCCAUGCAAUAUUAUUUGAGGGAGGAAGGGAAGAGGGCUGCAAUUGCAAUGUCUUCACACUAAUCUGUGUCAAGCUGCAGGAUGUGCGAGCCGCUGCUACUGCAACACAGAUCCUCAUGUCUCAUGUCGUUAUAUUUCAGCUUCAGAGAUCUUUUGCUGAAUUGGCCUUUUUCUUACACUCAAGUUGCAUGAAAGGUUUACUCGUGUGUUGUUCUUGGUGGUCACCAAACCUUUGUAAGACGGACAAUGGCUCUCAGUGAGACCAUUACUGUGCUACCAUAAUGGAUGGAUUACUGAAUGGGCCUACUGGGCACAGGCAUGGGGGUCAAGGUACUGUAAACAUUUGUUGUCAGGAAGUCAAUCAAACAACUACAAAUAGGCCGCAAAGACACACAAAACAAUCAGAAAGAGAUGGUAAGUGACCACAAAACACACACAAAGACCUCAAAGACACAAAACAUUACCACAAAGACACGCAAAACAACCACAAAGAGACAUAACAAUCUGGAAGAGACACAAAACGACAAAGCCACACAAAACAGCCAAAAAGACACAAAACAACCACAAGACACACACAAAAAAAUGACCAGAAAGACAUGCACGACAACCACAAAAAGACGCAUAACAACCACUAAGACACGCAUGGCAACCACACAGACACAAAAUGACCUCAAAGAUACAAAACAACUAUGAAGAAAAAGAUAACCACAAACGAUGCAGCUGCAGCUGUUUUGUGUCUCUAUCAGGUGUCUUAGUGUCUUGCUGCUACAGUAUAUGUUGGAGGGGUGGGAGGCCUUUAUUUAUUGCCUCAUAUCGUCCAUGUAUACCACAUACAACACAUCUGAGGAGAGAUUAUUCUUGUCAACAAAAAGUACAUCUUCUAUGUGUCUGGGGCCAACAACACUGAAUAUUAUAAUCACUCUGUUAUUCAGGACCAGAUUGGACAAGCUGUUGUCUGCGUUGGGUUCAUCUUACAGUUCAUAUGGAGCUGAGAGGAUCAGCUGGCGCUUGUUGCUAUAUUGAUGAUUUGUAUUUGGCAGGGACAUUUUCAGUGUGUGCAUAUGGAAGGACAUCUGCAAAUAUGCUUAAGAAAUGGUGUUAAAAAGCUUUUUUCACACGUUUGAUGGUGCACAAUUUAUUAGCAAAAUGCCUGCAUGCAUUGGAUUUUUUUAAAGUUGCAAAUUUUCACCAUUUCUAUCCAUGCUAUAAUUAUGUCAUUGUUUAAAAAUGAUCAUUGUAUUCAAUUUUAAGCCAGAAAUUCGCUUUUAAAUCUACUCACUUGAAACAGCUGCUGUUGCUUUUUGAUGGGUUCUAAUUGGUGUAAUGGAUGUUGAACAUUCUGUAAUUUGAGAUAUAAAUCAAACAUUAACAGUAGUAGACCAAAAUAAGAGCGAAGGGACACAUCUAUAAUGGAGUAAGCCUGACAUCUAUUGGAUCAAAAGCAUAGGAUCUCAGCAGUAUGAUCAGCUACGGCAGGAUAUCUGUAUUUCUAGCACAACACAGAAAUGCAUGCAUGUAUAAUUUGAUCAUAGAGUUUACUUGUUAUUGAAGAUGUAAAAUAAAAGAUGAUUAUCUUGUGAUACAGGGAUGCAGCAACAGGCAUAGCUGUUUGGGUUGGCUAUCAACCCUCACAACAGUGAUAUCAAUAUACUGCAAGUAAAAGAAUCAUGUUUUAUUGUCAACAAAUACAUCUCAGAAAGACAAA